CAGCAACAUUUCCUCCCUCACUGUACCAUCUGAUGCAUUCUGGGUAGAACGGAGCAUCAGGGCCUGCCUCUGUGGGUAUAAAGUCUGUGACUGAUGGAGACAUUUGAGGACACGAUGGCUCAAGUGUCGUUCGCUCAGACUAACCCGCUGUUUGACGCGUCUCUGAACAGGAAUGAUCUCUACAGCUCUCAGCCUGAAGAUAAGAGGCCGGCCAGGUCUAGUAGACCCGGGUGCUUGUACUUCAUUGUUUUUUACCUCAUCCUGCACACUGUCCUCAUUGCAGGCCUCAUUUAUAAAGAGUUCAAGUCUUUCCUGUCAGACCCUCAGAAGUCCAAUCACAUGGACGGACAUCUAGGCAACAACUUCCAGACUCUUCUUCAAAACAACAGCCAAGAAACAAAGAACCUGAGGAGUCGUCUGUGGGCGCUGCAGAGCCAGGUUGAUGACCUGUGCGGGGCGGAUGGUCAGAUUCACCGACUGACGUCUGACAUGAAGCUGCUCAACACCAGCACUCAAAAACUGGAUGGGAAACUGACCAGCAUCAGCCUCAAAGCAGGUCCUCCUGGUCCAGUCGGGGCACAGGGGUCCCCAGGUCCCCGUGGAGCGAAGGGUGACACCGGGGAUGCAGGAAGAUCAGGAAUACCGGGUGCUCCUGGGCCCAAGGGAGGAAAGGGAGACAGAGGAAAUGACGGUCAACGAGGACCUCCAGGAAACCAAGGACCAAGUGCAAAGGGAGAAAAAGGAGACCCGGGGCUCCAAGGUCCCCGUGGAGCGAAGGGUGACACCGGGGAUGCAGGAAGAUCAGGAAUACCGGGUGCUCCUGGGCCCAAGGGAGGAAAGGGAGACAGAGGAAACGACGGUCAACGAGGACCUCCAGGUCCUUCUGGUCCAGCCGGGGCCCAGGGAUCUCCAGGACAGAAGGGGUCUAAAGGUGAUGGGGGUACUGUUGGCCCAAAAGGAGACCUGGGACCCAAAGGAGAGAAAGGAGGUGCCGGCCAGCCUGGACCCACUGGACCUCCUGGACCACCCGGAAACCAAGGACCAAGUGCAAAGGGAGAAAAAGGAGACCCGGGGCUCCAAGGUCCCCGUGGAGCGAAGGGUGACACCGGGGAUGCAGGAAGAUCAGGAAUACCGGGUGCUCCUGGGCCCAAGGGAGGAAAGGGAGACAGAGGAAACGACGGUCAACGAGGACCUCCAGGUCCGAUUGGAUCUCGUGGUUUGAAAGGGGCUGUUGGUCCUCCUGGACCCCCAGGACCUAAAGGAGAACAAUGGGUCAGCCCAAAUGUGCGUCUCGUGCCGGCGGGGAGCCGAGGCCGUGUGGAGGUGAAGUACAACAGUGAGUGGGGCACAGUUUGUGAUGACGGCUUUGACACCGUGGACGGCAAAGUGAUCUGUAGGAUGCUUGGCUUUCAACAUGCCACUGAGACCUUCACUGCUACCUCAGGCACCGGGAAGAUCUGGCUGGACGACCUGGCCUGUGUAGGAACAGAAGGGGACAUCUUUGACUGUCCUCACUCUGGAAUCGGUGUUAACAACUGCGGACACUCGGAGGACGCUGGAGUGAGCUGUGCUUAAGCUGACACCAUCCUGAAGACACAGAAGAAAGAUGUUUCUGCUGGUCUUCACUGUUCACUUUGAUAAACAUGCAGAUAAAAAACUGACAGGAAGAGACCAUGCUCUGUGACGUCACACUCAUAAUGGGAAAACAUCAUGUCUGCUAUAAUCCAGGUCAAUAAAACCAGAAACAAAGGACUUUAAAAUCAGGCUCAUAUACAAUACUCUGCACAACUUUUAGGCAUGUUUGGGCUAAAAACUGAGGAUGAAGUAAGGUUUGUGAUCAGCAAGGUCAUCUGAGGGCACGAUAUGGCAGGAAGGAGGAUUGACACAACCCUGGCAGUGCUCUGGAUGUCCUUGCAUGUUACCAAGGGCAUCUGUUGGAAAGAUAACAAAGUCAACAAUAUAAGGGGGGAGUAAGGGGUGAAUGUGGCGACUAAGCACGGCCUCGGGUUCCAUACAGGUGGGUUUCCAUGUGCUCCUUGUCAUGCUGUGGAUGUCCCACUGGCCUGAAGUCCACUGAAUAGAAUAGAAUCGUCUUUAUUGCCAUUGUACAAUGAAAUUGAGUGCAAUCCUUGUGGUGCCAUGACAGUCAAUCAGAGCCACAAAAACAAUGAAUGUGCAAAAUAGAUAAAACCAUAUUUAAAUCCAUAAAGAAGAUCUGAAACAAUACAAAAGUGUCUAAGGAGAAAAUAAAAGCACAUAACAACCACCCAUACAGGAAAUCUCACAUCACAUUGCACUAAAUUUUUUAAAGUUCAAAAUCAGUUCAUCAGGUCCAAGCAGAUUUCAGUGUGGUGAUGGUUUUUGCAUAAAAACCAUUUAACUGGGGUUCUCGGGGCAAUGAGCGAGGGUUAUAAAAGAAAUGCUGUUGAGCUUGAACUUGACUUCCAGGCGACACAUGUGUGCUUGUAGACAGCUUGACCUUGGCAGUCCUGCUAGCCCUCCAGCCCCAGUCUGUGGCAGAUCAGGCCCUAUGAAGAAUCCUUAUUGCCCUACAUGCCUAAAACUUCUGCACGUGACUUUGAAUGUCAGGAAACCCUAUUAUGGUCACAUAACAACCUCCAGAGUGUCUGCUUUUCUCCCAUUUUCAUCCGUUUACAGUGGCAUCAGUGCAGACCCUCUACAGUACAACAUGAUAACAUUUAAGCUUCCUAUUUUGAGCAUGACGUCACAGAAACAUGGCCACUGAGGGAUAAAUGCUUUAGCAUAUAAAUCAUUGACACACCAGGCUGCAGGGAAGAAAACAGCACUGAUACCAAUCAUGCCCACAGCUGGAUGUCAUCACAUUUUUAUAAAUGAGUAUGAAAUUCUCCUUAUUGCUGAACACAUUAGCUUAAAUGAUGGCCUCAUGUAAACAGAAUCAUGCUGAUUUAACUUUUCUGCUAUAAAACUCUGCACUCUUUCACAAACGAACAGAGCUGAAACUGUCUGCCUCUUUAGUUCAAAUCAUCAUCUGCCACUCAGUCUUCAUCAAUCCUCCUCCUCCUCCUCCUCCCAUGCUCGGCCGCUCUCCCCCUCAGCGACAUGCCAUCACCUUCUGUCCAUCGCUCACCACCGUACACCGCUCUGCAGAGGUCAGCAGAGAUGAAGAGGUCAUUUUGAAAGGCUGGAGUAGAGAUGAGGAAAUGUUUCUGACACAGCUGGCACAUCACGUUUUAUCUGACGCCUGCAGGAGGAAGACCGUAGAUCAGAGGAGGAGGAGGGAGAAGAGCUGUCCCCAUCUCUGUUCUUCUGUUUGAUGCUAAAUAGAACGCAUGCCAGGAUGGCCUGCUGCUGUCCUCCAUGUUUGAUUUUCUACUUAAGUAACAUCUGAUCAUGGAACUUAGAGAUUGAAGCUACAGCAGGGAGACUACCUGUAAAUCAAUGCUUCUUACAUUAAGCUUAAAUGACGGCCUAGGCAUGUGAUUAAUCAGAAGUAACCGUCCACAGAGACUACACUUAGUUGCAGUUACAUUUUUAAGACCUGGCUACAUGAAUUAUGAGUGAGUGAAGCUCAAGUUCAAAAGAUAACUCCAUCGCUGAUAUCUUUAUAUAAUGCCUGGAUUAUGAUACAUUUAUACUCUGGACAACUGUAUUUAACCAUGUGAAGUAAUGUUUACUUGAUGAUACGUUUUAAAUAAACUGGCCAAUGAUUUUA